CCCACCCCCACCCUAUUUUAUGCCUGUGAUUCGAAGGUUGAAGACAGAUGUUCAGACAAAGGAUCAGGUCAUGAAGAAAAUGAGGGCGGUCGGCGGGACUCUGUUGCCUGAGAUCACUGUUGAGGCUCUGAGGAGCGUGAAGCUCAAGAGGACAGGCGGCCCCGACCUGAGGUCAAGAAUCAAUGAGGACGGAAACCUCUCUGCCAAGCCGCUUGCGCCCAGCAAUCAGCCUGUAGUCACUCUGGCAGCGCUACAGCGUGUGUCGCUGAGGAAAACAUCGCACGUCGUCAAGAGUCACGGUGACUGCGUUGAAGAUGACCUGAGUCGGAAGGAGAAUGAGAACUCUGGUGACAGUACCAUGGUCGACAUCCGCAAAGUUCUCAAACGAACAACCCUACAAAGGAGCCCUGGAGGUACUCCCAUGACAAGCAAGAGGACCAGAUGUUAGUCCGGACAGAGGUACAAGGGAACAAAUGCUUCAUUGUCAUAGGUAGGUAACAACUGCUAUUUGUGUAGUGACAAUGCUUUGUUUGUCUCGCUCAGCUGUUCCAAGAUGUUUUGUUUUUGUCUCUCUAACUUUGGAACCAAAGAAGUUAGAUUAAUACUAUUUUCUCAUUUAAUCUGAUAUUC